AUCCCCUCUCUCAUCCUUUGUCAAGAGUUUGGUUUGGUCCAUAUCAAGGUAUCCAAGAGCACAUUGAGAUACUUCGUCCUUAGAUAGACCUAAACUCCUCGAGAUGGACUCAAUUUCCACGUUCCCACUGACUAUAGUAAUAUGAUAAUAGUAUAGGUCUUUAUUAUAUUCCUUUCCUUUGCAUUCAACCUUCACAACCAUAACUGGGUUAGUAAGCCAGAGAACCAUCCCCGAACCAACAACUUCUCAGAUAUUACCAUGCUAUCUCAGUCGUUUAAUAUGAUUGCAACAAUAAUAAUACUAGUUAUAGCACAAAUAACUUCAAGAGUGAAUUCGUUUUCAGAAGCUGAUAAGAUAAGCACUUUGCCUGGGCAGCCACAAGUCAAAUUCCAGCAAUAUGCUGGUUACAUUACAGUGGAGGAGAAGCAGCAGAGAGCUUUGUUUUAUUACUUUGUUGAAGCUGAAGUAGAACCAGCUUCUAAGCCAUUAGUUCUCUGGUUAAAUGGAGGGCCUGGUUGUUCUUCUGUUGGAGCUGGAGCUUUUGUUGAGCAUGGCCCUUUCAAACCCAAUGAAAAUGGUCUUGUGAAAAAUGAUUACAGUUGGAACAAAGAGGCAAAUAUGCUGUACUUGGAAUCACCUGCUGGUGUUGGUUUCUCCUAUUCUGCCAAUAAAUCUUUCUAUGACUUUGUGACCGAUGAAAUGACAGCAAAGGAUAAUCUUGUUUUCCUACAGAACUGGUUCUCUAGAUUCCCAGAGUACAAAAACAAUGACUUCUUUAUCACAGGGGAGAGCUAUGCAGGUCAUUAUGUACCCCAACUUGCACAACUCAUUGUUCAAACCAAGACCAAGUUCAAUCUCAAAGGGAUAGCAAUAGGAAACCCACUACUGGAAUUUAACACUGAUUUCAACUCCAGAGCUGAAUUUUUCUGGUCCCAUGGACUGAUAUCAGAUUCAACUUUCGAAGUGUUUACUAAAGUAUGCAACUAUUCCCAAAUUAGGAGACAAUCUCAAACUGGGACACUUAGCCCCGUUUGUGCAGGAGUAAAUAAACUAGUGUCAACAGAGGUUAGCAGAUAUAUUGAUACAUAUGAUGUUACUCUUGAUGUGUGUCUGUUAUCAGCAAAUCAACAGGCUUUUGUGCUGACUCCUCACAUGCAGCAAGAGGGAGAGAAGAUAGAUGUUUGUGUCGAAGACGAAACAUUCACAUACUUGAACAAGAAAGAAGUGCAGGAAGCUCUCCAUGCUAAGCUUGUAGGGAUCACCACAUGGUCAACUUGCAGCGAUGUUCUCAAAUAUGACAUGCAGAAUCUAGAGAUUCCAACCAUUUCAAUUCUAGGGGCACUUGUUAAGUCAGGUAUCAGGGUUCUGGUAUACAGUGGAGACCAAGAUUCAGUCAUCCCAUUAAUUGGGACAAGAUCCCUGGUAAAUGAUUUAGCCAAGGAGUUUGGACUGAAUACAACAGUGUCAUAUAGAGCCUGGUUUCAAGCAAGACAGGUAGCUGGAUGGACACAAGUAUAUGGCAACAUGUUAUCAUUUGCCACCAUAAGAGGAGCAGCUCAUGAAGCUCCGUUUUCACAACCAGAGAGGUCACUAGUGCUGCUAAAAGCAUUUUUGGAAGGAAAGCCACUUCCAGAACUAUUGUCUUAAAUAUGAAUAGAUAGAUAACAGUGGUGCUUGUACCACAAUAAGUAGAAACUCAUAUAAACUCCUCACAGAAAUGGAUUAUUGCUAUUGGAUCACGGAUCACCUUCUAUUUCAUUCCGUACAAUGAAUAAAUGUUACAUGUACUGUCAUUGGUUGACCAAAACGAAAUGAUCCUACAAAAGUACCCACUAAUUUAU